CUACUUUCUACUGCUACACCUGCACUUGUGGUCGUAGAGACGCUGGUUGUCUCGCUACAGGUCGCGUCCCUGUCACGACACCCAGCAGCGGUAUACUUCCCAUCAACAGUACCAGACCCUACCACAGCACCAUACCACCGGCACCUGCAGGAGAUCCAGCUGCAGUCCCCCUCCCCCCCUCAACGGAAGCAACUGCCAAAUUAAAGUUGCCAACUACGAGCACAAUCUAUCUGAUACAACUCACUUGGUUACACGUACUACGACUACGCACUCCAAACACUUCCUGUGAAACGUCAGUUAACUUAUCACUGAUGCACCGCCUCACAAUAGCAAAAAUACAACACAACUUCAUCAACAAGCUAUGGUGAAGAAUGCACCAUGGCGUCCACACACAAAGAAUGGUUCUUCAAGGAAUACAGGGACAUCUUCGAGACAACCGGCGAGACAGUGCUAACGUACAUCACGAGAUGCGGGAUGGACAGAAAAUCAUCCACCGUUUCCCUCGAAAAGUACUUAAAGAAUCUUUCACAAGAAUCUACAGUCAACUUCAACAUAAGAGCUAUGAAAAAAAUGAAAGAAAAAUCUCGUGAUUCAAAACCAUUAGACGAGAUACGUAACGGGCUACUGAGAAAUCUCUUUAAUACAACAGAAUUAGAACAACUGGAGAAUGAUCCAUCGUGCAGCAAUUGUGACAUCAGCCUCCUUUACAAAAUAAUAAGAUAUGCCUGUGAGAAUGUAUCUGAUGAGGACAAGAAAUGGUCAACUCCGAGUAGUGAGAUGGAAUAUUUCAUAUCGAAGAUAAAAAAGAAACGUAAUAAUGUUGUUCAUAAAAAAGUCCCAAAGAUUCUUAAUGAUGAAAAAUUCAAUGAAGAAGUAGAAACACUAACAGAACUGCUCAUGGAAACAUUAGAAGCUACGAGAAUCAGAUAUGAGAGAAAUGAAGACGAGAUCACAAGUAAAAAGGAUGAGGUGCUGAAAGCUAUUAGUGAUACCAGGAAGGAAGUACAGCAAAGAGCAGCGAACGCUGAACUGCCAAAUUUCAAGAAGGAAACUAAUAAUGAGCUUCAAAACCAUCUCAAUCAUGCUAAAUACAUUGACCCUCUCCAUUUUCUGAGUGGACACGAAAACAACAAAGUUGACGUUCAAACUUUGUUUUCGAGAAUUGAUGUGGUUAACGAAGGAAAUGAUGGACUGCUUAGAGAAAAAGACAUUAACCAUGUUGAUUAUUUAACGAUUUUAGAGAUUACGAAAGCUCGGUCACCGCUUUCAUGUCCACAAAUCCUGCUUGUUGAAGGUGACGCUGGGAGUGGCAAGACCACCUUAAUUACCUUCAUUGUGUCUGAGUGGCUCAUAGAUGAAGGUGAUCGCUGUAUGAAGGGACUUGAUCACUAUGAUCUUCUCUUGCGGGUCGUAUGUCGAGAAGAGAAUAUAUCCACGCUUGAUGAGUUGCUGAAGCAAGUCUUACCUUCCUCUUAUAUUAAGUAUGGAAGCUACCUCGUACCACUCUUAAAAAAAUGCAAAGUCCUGUUUCUUGUUGAUGGGUUAGAUGAAAUGAAUGAAAUAUCAGACAAACUCGUGAAAAAUAUUUUAAGCGAGGGAAAAGAAUGUGGUAACUUUACUUUCAUGUGUACAUCACGGCCUGACAGUGUUCUGGGCUUCAAGUGUAAAACACCUAAAAACUACCAAACUUCCAAAGUGAGAUUAUUUGGCAUUUCCCAUGAAGAGAGGACUCAUUUUGUUCUGAAACAUUACGAGUGGCUAGCCGGAGAUGUAUCCGAUGAUACUGACCAUCUCAAGAAAAGGGAAGAAGGCAUUUCCUAUCUGAAACAAAUUAUGAAAGAAAUUGGUUGGAUGGAGCUUUUCCGGCUUCCUCUUAACUUACUUUUUCUCGCAGCUGUUUUUUAUUAUGAUCCAACACUUGUUACCGCUAAUCUAACUCAGUCCCAGCUAUACAAUUUCAUUCACAUGUGGUGCAAAGAGAAGUUGCUACAUCGAUUAUGCCUUACAUUGUCUGAAAGCAAAUUCAUCAUCCAGAAGAAAGUAGAUACCGUGUUGAAGGUAGUGUAUAAAGUGGCACUAAAAGGACUCCUUGAGAAUCGGAUUUAUCUAACAGGAGAUGAUGAAGAGCUAUUGAGUUCAUGCUGCAACAUCCAAGACUUGCCUAGAAGUGAGGUGAUACCUGCAUUUUACUCAAUGCGGCGAAAGACGGCUUACGGGGUGCUGAAAGAAGAAUACUUUAUCCCACACAAAGGUUUCCAGGAGUUUUUUGCAGCGCAACACAUUAUUGAACAAUCACAUGCAUACAAAAAAGGGGACAUAAGGUGCAUUCUUCAAAAUAACAUGACUGGACAUGAAAGGGGUUUUGAGCCACUUAGAAACAUGCUUUGCCACCUUUUAUGGCAACUGAAUCAGCUCAGCCUUCCAAAUAAAACUAUGGUUCUGGAGGAAGCAGUAGACCUUAUAAAAGAGUCAGGCAUUAAGUAUAGCAGCGAAUGGUUGUCAGUUUUAGCAGACAUGGUGCCUCAUGACGCCACACUGCAACGUAUAGUGUUUCAUAUCAAAGAUCGCUUUGAUAACAAAAACAGUUCUGAUUAUAAAGAAAUAAUAGAAAUAACGGACAGUACAGCGCAAGCCGCCCUUUCUCUCCUUCCACACAUCUUUCCGUGUACUGUCAUGAUAACAUUAGAGAGGUCGUCAGAUGUUAACUUACGGAACGCCAUUGCUCAACACAAACUCGUGCAUCUGUGGCACCACUUCACUCAUCCCAACACAGCUGGUACUUCCAACUACCUGCUGCAGCAACUAGCACCAAUGAACAAUCUAGAGAAUUUCAAAGGCAAUCUGGAUGCUGAGCAUCUGACACUGCUCCCCAGAAACUUGAAAGAACUGUCCUUGGUUAUUACAGGGAAUGAUCACUGCAGUAGCCUUCUGCCAACUCUCUUACAAGUCCGCCCCUCUCUUCUGCAGUUGUCCAACCUCAGAAUCCACGUUUCUGUAAAGAGGGUAACACGAGAGGCGAUCACCCGUCCAUUGCCAGAUGUUAAAAGCAUACAUCUAAUCUUAUCCUGCGUCGGUGAGCCAGAUAUCAAGACAGCUUAUGGUAUUGCAGAAGAUUUGUGUCCCAUGAAGAAAGAAUACAAAGUCAUUAGAUUCCCAGAAGCUUCACUAAGCACUGAAGGAUGGGUACAGCUGGCGCAGGGCCUGGCAAAGGCUGGAAUAAGAGUACGGAAGGGUAUGAGGAUGCCAUUCUCUAAUGUCACUCUGGACAACGCACAGUAUAUUAACGAGUCAACAAAACAUUUACUCAGAGCGAAAGAGUCCAGAAGAGAACCGGAGUGCAUGUUAUGGCUGUAAGGCUGCCCUUGAAGGAAAUCUUGCUGUUGCAGUACUGACCACAUGGCCUGCCAGAAGAGGAACAGCUGGUGUGAUUACUUACAUCGAUAGUGACCAGUUGUGUUUGAUUAAAAUAUGUCUGUUACUUUUUUUUGUUUUUUUUUUAUAAAGAUAACUGAUGAAAAUAGAUCAAUGAAAAAAUGAAGAUGAUGUCGAUGUUGUCAGUCAGGUAGUCGGUUUUAUAAAGCAGUGUUUUUUUACCUAAUGACAAUAUUCCCCACAAACUCAUCCAUUAUUAUUCAUCAUGACAGGCAAUCUAUCUGUAUUUCUCCUUUUAAUUUCAUAAUACAUUACCCAUUACUAAUCUUUCUUGCUUCAUAUCAAUGUUUGAAUUCCCUAUGUAAAUAUUACCACAAUUCAACAACAAUAAAUGCUUAUCUGCUUAA